CACGUAGCGAACAACGUUGCAAUAGUAAAAAUGAAACUUGGGGAUAUAUCUGCACAAGGUGCGCACUACCUGUUUUGAACUGACCGCGAAACGUUCUCCGGAUCCUCUGCCCGAGUAUGCAGCUCAUAUUAGCACACAUUACUGGAUACUACACAGAGUGGUUACUAUGUGUUUACACUCUCAAAAGAGUGUUUUUUCUGUCUCUUUUCCAGUUAAUGAUUCGAAGUUUUCUGCGAAAAAUAGGUGUCACUAUCGUUUGACUCAAGGUAAACGCACUUUUAGCGCAACUCCUUGACCUCCCACUCGUGCUGUGACGUGAUCGCAGCAGCGGCUGGUAAUAUAUGUAACGCGCAUUUUGAAGCGUCAAGUUGUUCUUCUACUGCAGCAGGCACGCGUUAUCUCCUGCCACAUGUGGCGGAGCACAUUAGGAAAAUCAAAGACAGAAAGGACUGAAGUUGUUCCAUUUGAUCACGCUGGACAGGAGUGAAACAAAACCACUGGAAGAAAUUAUAAAGGGUACAACUUCACAUCAUGAGCGCCGGUAAGAGGGUGGAAGAUGAGGCGGUGCUGGACAGAGGGGCAUCGUUACUCAAACACAUGUGUGAUGAGGAGGAAGUUGAAGGUCACCACACCAUAUACAUUGGUGUGCAUGUGCCUAAGAGCUACCGACGACGGAGACGCCAUCGCCGGCACAUCAGCCACAAGGACAGAAAGGAGAAAGUGACCGAGAAUGCUUCGGACAGGUCGGACGCUGAGAACAAUGAAGAGGCCAGCAACAGCAUUCUCAAACCACUCAUCUCACCUGCAGCUGAGCGCAUCCGAUUCAUCCUGGGAGAGGACGAUGAUGGUCCAGCACCUCCUCAGCUCUUCACAGAGCUGGACGAGCUGCUGUCUGUUGAUGGCCAAGAGAUGGAGUGGAAGGAAACUGCCAGGUGGAUCAAGUUCGAAGAGAAGGUGGAAAAAGGUGGAGAGCGAUGGAGUAAACCGCAUGUGGCCACUCUGUCCCUACACAGUCUUUUUGAGCUUAGAACCUGUAUAGAAAAGGGCACCAUCAUGCUGGAUCUAGAGGCCUCCACUCUGCCAGGGGUCGUUGAAAUGAUCACUGACAGUCAGAUUGAGACUGGACUCUUGAAAGCUGACCUAAAAGAUAAGGUCAUGUACACGUUGCUGAGGAAACAUCGUCACCAAACCAAGAAGUCCAAUCUUCGCUCCCUAGCUGACAUCGGCAAGACGGUCUCCAGUGCAAGUAGGCUGUUUUCCACCCCGGAUAAUGGUAGCCCAACCACCGCACAUCGGGACUUGACAUCAAGCAGCCUGAACGAUAUCUCAGACAAGCCAGAAAAAGACCAGCUGAAGAACAAGUUUAUGAAGAAACUACCCAGAGAUGCUGAAGCUUCCAAUGUUCUCGUUGGAGAAGUGGACUUCCUAGACAGUCCUUUUGUGGCCUUCGUGAGGCUGCAGCAGGCUGUUAUGUUGGGGGCGCUGACUGAAGUGCCUGUGCCCACUAGAUUUCUGUUCAUUCUUCUUGGGCCCAAAGGCAAAGCCAAGUCAUAUCAUGAAAUCGGCAGAGCAAUUGCUACCCUGAUGUCUGAUGAGGUCUUCCAUGAAAUUGCAUACAAAGCCAAGGACAGACAAGAUCUCCUUGCUGGCAUUGACGAGUUCUUGGAUGAGGUCAUCGUCCUCCCACCAGGAGAAUGGGACCCUGCCAUCAGAAUAGAGCCUCCCAAAUCCUUGCCAUCUUCAGAUAAAAGAAAGAACAUGUAUGCUGGAGGGGACAGUACACAGAUGAAUGGAGACACGCCUCACAGCGAUGGACACGGGGGUGGGGGCCACGCAGUAGGUGAUGAGCUGAAAAAGACGGGGAGGUUUUGUGGAGGCCUUAUACUUGAUGUCAAAAGAAAAAUCCCCUUCUUCUUCAGCGAUUUCUACGAUGCACUACACAUCCAGUCUUUGUCUGCCAUUCUUUUCAUCUACCUGGGAACAGUAACCAAUGCCAUCACUUUCGGAGGAUUGCUAGGGGACGCCACAGAAAACAUGCAGGGUGUGCUGGAGAGCUUUCUGGGUACAGCGGUGACUGGAGCUGUCUUUUGUCUCCUAGCUGGGCAGCCUUUGACCAUCCUCAGCAGUACAGGGCCAGUGCUUGUGUUUGAAAGGCUUCUCUUCAACUUCAGCAGGGAUAAUGACUUUGACUACCUAGAAUUCCGUCUUUGGAUUGGCCUGUGGUCGGCUUUCUACUGCCUAGUCCUAGUGGCCACUGAUGCUAGCUUCCUGGUGCAGUAUUUCACACGAUUUACAGAAGAAGGAUUCUCUUCUCUCAUCAGCUUCAUCUUCAUCUAUGACGCUUUCAAGAAGAUGCUGAAAUUAGCCCAUUAUUACCCAAUCAACUCGGACUACAAAAUCGAUUAUGUCACGCAAUAUGACUGCAUGUGUAUGGCGCCCCCUGUUGUUAACACUUCAGACGUAUUCAUUGAUCCACUUGAUGAAACAUCAAUCUGGAUUGUAAAUUACACUGAUACACAUUCAAAUACUAGCUGGUCAUCCCUAUCAAAGAAGGAAUGUCUAAAAAAUGGUGGGGAACUCGUGGGCAAUGCCUGCGACUUUGUGCCCGACAUCACCCUCAUUUCUUUCAUCCUUUUCUUUGGCACCUACACCUGCUCCAUGUGUCUGAAGAAAUUCAAGACCAGCCCUUUCUUUCCUACUACUGUGAGGAAGCUCAUAAGUGACUUCGCCAUUAUUCUGGCCAUUUUGAUCUUUUGUGGUGUCGACGCUCUGGUUGGGGUAGAUACACCAAAGCUCAUAGUGCCAAGUGAAUUUAAGCCAACAAGCCCAAACCGUGGUUGGUUUGUGCCACCGUUUGGAGGUAACCCCUGGUGGGUGUACCUGGCAGCAGCUCUGCCUGCUCUGCUGGUCACCAUCCUGCUCUUCAUGGAUCAACAGAUCACCGCUGUCAUUGUCAAUCGCAAGGAGCACAAGCUUAAGAAAGGUGCAGGCUACCAUCUGGACCUGUUCUGGGUAGCUGUUCUGUUAGCAGUGUGCUCUUUUAUGGGUCUGCCCUGGUAUGUAGCUGCUACGGUUAUUUCCAUUGCUCACAUUGACAGCUUGAAGAUGGAGACAGAGACAUCUGCCCCUGGUGAACAGCCCAAAUUUUUGGGUGUCAGGGAACAGAGAGUCACUGGUGUCAUGGUCUUCAUUCUCACUGGUCUGUCAGUCUUCAUGUCUCCUAUCCUCAAGUUCAUACCCAUGCCGGUGCUGUAUGGAGUGUUCCUCUACAUGGGAGUUGCCUCACUUAAUGGAGUACAGUUCAUGGACCGGCUGAAGCUGCUACUCAUGCCUGCCAAACACCAGCCAGACCUGGUCUACCUGCGACAUGUUCCACUGAGGAAGGUUCAUCUCUUCACUUUCGUCCAGCUGCUCUGCCUAGCGCUUCUCUGGCUCCUCAAAUCCACUGUGGCGGCCAUCAUCUUCCCUGUCAUGAUCUUGGCUCUGGUUGCUGUGAGGAAGGCAUUGGACUAUGUCUUCUCUCAGCAUGACCUCAGCUUCCUGGAUGAUGUGAUACCUGAGAAGGAGAAGAAAAAGAAAGAGGAUGAGAAGAAAAAGAAAAAGAAGAAACAAGGGAGCAUAGAGAGUGACGUGGAAGAUUCUGAUUACCCUUUCAAUGAAAACGUCCCCAGCAUUAAAAUCCAAAUGGACAUGAUGGAGCAGGAGCCUUUUUUAGGAGAUAAGGCCUCCGACAGAGAAAAGUCCCCUUCCUUCCUUGACCGAUAUACAUCAUGCUGAAAAGCAGCACUACUUUCAGACCAGCCCAAUGUCAAGUUCAGAGAGAGUGCCAUUAAAUGUGCCUCAGAUUCAAAUACAUAUGGACCCAGACGACAACAAUGGCUACUACUGGAGGAGUCGAGGGUCUGAGACGUCCAUAUAACUCCUCCUCGUGCACUUGUUCGCCAAUCUGCAACAGAUAUUAUUAAGCUCUUUGAUCACACUACGUUCUUCCAAUUUGCAGAAAGCCAUUUGCCAAGGGAUAUUUUUGAAAACUGUUCCCCAUCACGGAUACUUUCUGUGAAAAGUAAAGAACGGCUUGAGAAAUGCUUAUCUUCCAUUUAAUCACUAUGGUUCACAGGUUAUAAUUCCUAAACUACUAUGCAAGUCAGUUCAUUGUAUCACAUGAACUGAGCUGUAGAAAAAUGCUGUUGCUUUUUUCCUCAAAGGUGAAAGGACUAUGCCCUUUAUUAUUAUAUCCAAUAUUCCCUCCAUUAUUUCUACCAAUUUCACAUAACAUGUCAAUGUUUUCCAUGUUCUUUAUGCUGCUCUACCUCUGUUUUACAUUGUAGGCAUUAUGUAAAAUACAGACUUAAUACUUUUUAUUAUUAUUUGCACAGCAUGAGAUUUUAAUGUUGAUCUUUUUUUAGUGUACAUCUUGAACAAACUUUAAAAGAAAUUACUUAUGAGAGAACACCUGUGAAAUAGUAUAUUAUAAUAUUUAGCUGUUGAUUAACAUUUGAAUGAUAUUUAAUGUUAUUGAUCUUGAUCCUGCUGUUUUUCAUAAUUUAAUAUAAAUUGGUAUUACAUUUAAUUUCUGUCCUUUAACAAACUAAAUGUAUGCCCAAUUAUCAAAAAAAAAAAAAAAAAAAAAAAAAAUCUAAACAUAAUAAUUUUGAGUUACAAGUGUUAUUUGGCAUUUGCUUCUGUAUUUAAACCAUGAAAACCUGCAAGUCUACAUGUAUAAACCUACAUGCACCCCAGGGUCUGCUUGUCCUGCAAAUGAUUUACCUAAGUGGCUUAAACCUGAAUUGCAAUAAUACAUGAAGUUCUUUUAAAUUCUAGUUAUUGUCUCAUGUAAUUCAGAUUACGUGCAUUAUUUAAGUGAUCAUUAUUGUCUAGUCAUUGAAGUCUAGUUGUUGAUUGAAUGUCAUACUGCAAGUUUUGUCUUUUGUAGAAAUGAGUGUCACAAAAUGUCAUCAGUGUGAUAAAUGCACGGAGAGGGAAAAGUUUCAUACAGUUCUCCAGAUAUAGCAGAUGUAGCGUGCAUGCUGUAAACAUCCUUUAUACCCUAAAGAACACAAUUUUCCAUGUUGAUUCCUACUAAUUUGUCACCAUUCGUUCACCAUCUCAUAAUUUUUCAACAACAACAAAACUGACAGAUCUGUACAGGAUUUUCAAAUUCAACUUCUUUUAACCUUGUAUGUAUAAGAUUUAAUUUGUAAUUUAUAUUUUUGGGGGUACCUAUGAAAUAUAUUGUGAAAGCAUGUCUGGGAAAAUUCUUGAACAUUUGAACAAUGCUAAUGUAGAGUGUGUAACACUGAUACAUUUUUAAUCAGGUUUUGUGACUGAACAAAACACAGCUGAAAUUAUUUUAGAAUUUAUAUUUUUCAAAGGAAAUGAAUAUUAAAAAUGAACAGAAUGU